ACAGUGCCCCGUGUCUCUCGAGGCAGAGCAGGGAUCUCUGGAGCUGAGCUCCCCUCUGUGAGUGCAGGAAUUGUCUGCCAGGGGCUGAGUGUCCUUGGGGACAGGAAUGCUCACAGGGCUCUGCAGGGUCAUGGUUCCUCCCAUGGCUGAGAGCUGCUGCUGGAGAAGGGGUCCAGUGUCUCCCCUGGCCUGCUUCCCUUUGUCCUCAGCCCGGGGCAGCUCCCAGCUGUGUCAGUGUGGGGUGAGGGAUCCUCAGCUGGGCUCUGCAAGGAACCCAGGUGAGAGAGGACAGCUUGCUGAGAGCUGCUCUGGGGAGGUUUCUCAAACCACCACCUCCCUCCAACCCCCUGCCCUGGGGGAACACAGCCCCUGUGGCCAAUGCAGCUGGAAUGUGUUGGUGUUUCCUGGCAGGAGAGUGAGGGUCACUGUGACUCUGGGAGCCCACAAUGCAAGGGGCCGAGAACGGAGCCAGCAGAAGAUCCGUGUUGGGCAGUGGGUAACCCAUCCCAAAUAUUCCCGUGUUGGCUUGAAAAAUGACAUUGUGCUGCUGAAGCUGAAGCCAAAGGCCAGGAUCAAUAAGAAUGUGCAGAGUAUCUCCAUUCCCAGGAGAAAUGAUCGUGUGAGAGAAGGAGCUUUAUGUAAUGUGCCUGGUUGGGGCUGGACAUCUGACACAGGAAAUACGACUAAUGUGCUGAGAGAGGUGAAACUGAAGGUGCAAAAUGCGACAGUAUGUCAGCAGAUUUUCCGUUACUAUGAGCGUCAGUCUAUGCUCUGUGUUGGUGAUGAAUCCAGUCCAAAAGCAACUUCCCGAGGUGAUUCUGGAGGCCCAUUAGUCUGCAACAGGAAGGCUCAUGGCAUUGUUUCCCAUGCACGUGAACGCAACCUCUUCCCAAGUGUAUUCACCAAGAUCUCAUACUUUGAGCCCUGGAUACGUGAGCAGCUGAGGAGGUUUGCACUCCAAGAUAUUCCUGGCUCUCCAUCCUCUGGCUGAAAUGCUCAGUGCCCCUUCUGCACAAUGCAUCCAACACCUGCUGGUGCUCAGAAGCUCCCAGGGGCAGCUGGAGGGGAGUCAGAGAAGCCCCUGUGGUGCAGGCACAGGCUUUGGCACUGAGGAGAGUCUCCAUGGCAAGGUACAAAUGCAGCUCCCAAGCACACCCAGCUUCCCAUUGCUCCCCUCCUCCCACUGCUGCUCCAGCUCUGCUUCUGGCCAUCAAUAAAAGCAUGUUCAAACUC